AUGCAGUUGAAGCACAUGAAGUGUCUGCUGACACCACAGGAUGGUGCAGCAAAGAUCACAGCCCUUGCCUGGGCGCCAAACAAUACCAAGAUGGCUGUGUGUACAGUGGAUCGGGUUGUACUUCUCUACGAUGAACACGGAGAACGGAAGGACAAGUUUUCAACCAAACCAUCUGAUUCCAAGUACGGCAAGAAAAGCUACACAGUGAAAGCUCUUGCAUUUUCACCGGAUUCUACCAAAAUAGCUGUCGGACAAACGGACAACAUAAUUUAUGUCUACAAAAUUGGAGACGAUUGGGAUUCUAAGAAGUUGAUUUGCAAUAAGUUUGUGCAGCAGAGUGCAGUGACCUGCAUGGUGUGGCCGCCAGAUAAUAACAUCGUCUUUGGUCUGGCUGACGGCAAGGUUCGCAUUGCCAAUGUCAAGAACAACAAAUCCUCCACCGUGUAUGGGACGGAUUCUUACGUCGUCUCUCUGGCACCAAACAUGUCAGGUAAAGGCAUCCUCUCUGGUCACGCUGACGGGUCAGUCGUCCGCUUCUUCUUCGAGGACGAAGGCACCGGCGAAUCUCAGGGCAAGAUCUGCACCCAUCCGUGCCCUCCUUACGCCCUGUGCUGGGCGGGGAGUAGCAUCGUGGCGGCCGGGUGCGAUAAGAGAAUCACGGUGUAUGGCAAAGAGGGUCGGGUCAAUCAGCAGUUUGACUACAGUCGCGACGCUGAGGAGCAUGAGUUUACAGUGGCCGUUAACAGCCCUAGUGGACAAUCAGUAGUGGUAGGAAGUUAUGACAGAUUAAGGGUGUUCAACUGGGCCCCUCGUCGUGGCAUCUGGGAAGAGGCCAAGAUGAAGGAGAUUAAGAACCUGUAUACAAUCACAGCCUUAGCUUGGAAGAAAGAUGGCUCUCGUCUUGUAGCCGGUACUUUGUGCGGUGGAGUGGAACUGUUUGAUUGCUGUCUCCGUCGAGCCAUUUACAAGAACAAGUUUGAGAUGACUUAUGUUGGUCUCUCUCAGGUUAUCGUCAAGAAUCUAUCAUCGGGAACUCGAGUUGUGCUCAAAUCACACUAUGGAUAUGAGGUGGAUGAAGUUCGCAUUCUCGGCAAAGAUCGCUACCUGGUUGCGCACACCACUGAUACAAUACUCCUUGGUGACCUAACGUCCAAUAAACUCAGUGAGGUGCCGUGGCAGAACACGGGAGGAAACGAAAAGUUCUUCUUCGAGAAUGAAAGUGUUUGUAUGAUUUUCAAUGCCGGCGAGUUGAGUCUGGUGGAGUACGGAAGCAAUGAGAUCUUGGGAUGUGUGCGGACUGAGUUUAUGAAUCCUCAUCUCAUUAGCGUGCGUCUGAAUGAGCGCAAGCAGCUAGGCAUCGAGGACAACAAGAAGAUGGCCUACCUAGUAGACCUCAAGACCAUCGCAGUGACUGAUCUCAUCAUGGGGUUCAAUGUGGCCACGCUGACCCAUGACUCCAAGAUCGACUGGCUGGAGCUGAACGAGACGGGACGCAAGCUGCUCUUCCGAGACAAGAGACUCAGGCUGCACCUGUUUGACAUUGACAGUCAGACCAAGACCACUAUUCUCAACUAUUCCAGUUACAUCCAAUGGGUACCUCAGAGUGAUGUAGUGGUCGCACAGAAUAGAGGUAGUCUGUGUGUAUGGUAUAACAUUGACCAUCCUGAACGAUGCACCAUGUUCAACAUCAAGGGAGACAUCGUUGAUCUGGAGAGAGCCAAUGGUAAGACCGAUGUGAUCGUGAAUGAGGGUGUGGCAACCAUUUCCUACACGUUGGAUGAGGGUCUCAUUGAGUUUGGUACCGCUAUCGAUGAUGGAGACUUCACAAGGGCUGUUGCUUUCCUAGAAACUUUAGAAAUGACCAACGAGACGGAAGCCAUGUGGAAGACCUUGAGUCGACUCUCCCUGGAGGCUAAGCAGCUUCACAUUGCUGAGCGUUGUUACGCUGCCCUCGGUGAUGUCGCAAAGGCCAGAUAUUUACGCAAUGUGAACAAGAUGGCUGCCGAGAUGGCACAGGAAAUAGGGGGUGAUGGCACCAGUCACUACACUGUCAGAGCCAAGCUGGCCGUGUUGAAUAAGGACUUCAAAGAAGCAGAGUCGGUCUAUCUCGAACAGAAUGCCAUUGAUGAGGCUAUGGAGAUGUACCAAGAGCUUCACAAAUGGGAUGAGGCUAUAGCAGUGGCUGAAGCUAAGGGUCACCCAGAGCUUGAGAGUCUCCGUCGUAACUAUUACCAGUGGUUGAUGGAUACCAGUCAAGAAGAGAAGGCUGGAGAGAUGAAGGAGAAUGAAGGGGACCACCACGCUGCUAUCAAUCUCUACAUGAAGGCUGGUAUGCCUGCAAGGGCAGCUAGACUGGCUACCAGUCGAGGGGAUCUGAUGGAGAAUCGAGAUCUGAUCCAGAGGAUUGCGGCUGCACUCAUCAAGGGGGAGUUUUAUGAGCGGGCUGGUGACUUGUUUGAGAAAACUAGAGAUGAGCAAAGAGCCAUGGAGUGCUAUCGACGAGGAAAGUCCUUCAGACGAGCGGUGGAGCUUGCACGUCUGUCUUACCCGAGUGAAGUUGUGCGUCUUGAGGAGGAAUGGGGUGAUUAUUUGGUUUCUCAGAAGCAGAUGGAUGCGGCCAUUAAUCACUACAUAGAGGCUGGUUGCUCGCAGAAGGCCAUUGAGUCGGCCAUUAGUUCCCACCAAUGGCACAAGGCAAUACAGAUCAUUGAAAUUCAAGAGCCGUCUACCGGUGAGAAAUACUACCCUAAGAUUGCUAAGCAUUAUGCAACCGUCCGUAACUUUGAGAUGGCGGAGCGGUACUAUGUCCAAGCUGGGAUGACCAAGGAAGCCAUAGACAUGUACACUGCUGCUGGCAAGUGGGAAGCUGCACAUAAGCUUGCAGUGACCUGUAUGAAGGGGGAGGACGUAGCAGUGCUGUAUGUCACCCAGGCCCAGCAGCUCGAGAGUCAGGGUAAAUUCAGAGAGGCCGAAAGAUUGUACCUGACUGUGGACGAACCAGACCUAGCUAUCACCAUGUACAAGAAACAGCGUCAGUUUGAUCACAUGAUCCGUCUGGUCAAACAGUAUCAUCCAGACUUACUGCAGGAUACACAUCUACAUCUGGCUAAGGAAUUGGAAGGAGACCAGGCGUUCCGCCAAGCCGAACAUCACUACAUUGAGGCAAGAGAUUGGAAAGCCGCUAUUAAUAUGUACCGAACUCAGGAUCUCUGGGACGAGGCAUACAGGGUUGCCAAGGCCCAUGGUGUCGCCAACACUGCCAAGCAGGUAGCUUACCUAUGGGCUAAGAGCCUGGGAGGAGACUCGGCCGUCAAACUACUCACUAAGUUUGGGUUGCUGGAGUCUGCCAUCGAUUACGCCACUGAGAACUGUGCAUUUGACUUUGCGUUUGAUCUGGCCCGAACGGCCAUGAAGAACAAGAUGCCAGAUAUCAGUUUGAAGCACGCUAUGUUCCUUGAAGACGAAGGCAAAUACCCAGAGGCUGAGGCUGAAUUCAUCAAAGCCAGCAAGCCCAAGGAGGCUGUCCUCAUGUACGUACACAACCAGGAUUGGGACUCUGCGCAGCGUAUAGCUGAAGAAUACGAUCCUGACAGUGUAACAGACGUCCUGAUUGGUCAGGCCAGGUACGCGUUUGACCAGAAAGAAUAUCAACGGUGUGAAGCGUUCCUGCUCAGGGCCCAGCGACCGGAACUUGCCAUCAAAUAUUACAAACAAUCUAACAUGUGGCAGGAUGCAUUGAGGGUAUGCAAGGAGUAUGUACCACACAAACUGCAACAGCUACAAGAUGAAUACGACAGGGAGGUUCUUAACAAGGGAUCCAGUGGUGCAGAUGCCCUAGUCGGUCAGGCCAAGGAGUGGGAGGCAUCCGGGGAGUACAGCCGUGCCGUGGAUUGCUACCUCAAGGUCACUACACAACAAACCAAUGAUGAUAAGGUCCUGGUAGCCUGCUGGACAAAGGCCGCAGAUUUAUCACAGAAAUUCUUGGAUACGUCCAAAGCCCUGAGCGUUGUACGUAUUGUAGGACCACGACUCGCAGACAACCAAAAGUACAAGGAGGCAGCAGAGAUGUACCUGACUGUGGACAUGAUCAAGGAGGCCAUCGACAUCUUGAUGGAAGGCGGGGAGUGGAGCAAGGCCAAGAAGGUAGCCAAGGAGUUAGAACCCCGUUAUGAGAGCUACGUGGACACCAAGUACAAAGAGCAUCUCAAGAACGAAGGCCAGGCGGAGUCGUUGAUCGGUGUUGAUGUGAUCGCCGCUCUGGACAUGUACGCCGGCCGCGGUGAGUGGGACAAGUGUAUCGAGACGGCAGAGAAACAAGGCUUCAAAGUGUUGCACAAGUAUGUCGCUCUGUACGCUACUCACCUCAUCAAGGAGAACCGUAUCCAGAAGGCGCUAGAUCUGUAUGUGCAGCAUGGGGCACCAGCUAACCCACAGAACUACAAUAUCUACAAGCGUAUCGUUGUGGAGAUGUUAGCUAACCCAGACAUGAACCAGGCUAGUGCUUAUCGUAACUGGGCAGACCUCAGGGAUGUGCUCCUCAAUCUAUGUGAAGAUCUGACCAAGUCCUCCGAUUCUAACAGUGCUCAACAUACAGAGUUUGAGUCAAUGUUAACCAUUUGUCACUAUUGUGCUACACGCAGUACGUGCAUGGGCACGCAGAACCUGGAGGGUCUUGCUGCUAAGUUGUCCAUCUCUCUUCUGCGUCACACCGACAUCGUACCUGCUGACAAGGCAUUCUUUGAGGCUGGGAUGCACGCUCGCUCUCAGGGAAUGCUCAACAUGGCCUUCGUGUUCCUCAACAGAUUCCUGGAUCUCACAGAGGCCAUAGAGGAGGGCAGUCUGGACAUGUUGGACAACACAGACUUCCAGGAAACUGACAUCCCAUUUGAGGUUCCGCUUCCUGAACGUCAACACGUUCCGGAGGAUAAGAAAGAGGAAGUCAAGGAGUGGGUGUUGGCCGUUUCUAUGGACCAGAAAGUAGAGCAGUCCUUGGACCACGACGAGAGAGAUACUUACGUAGCUUCCCUCGUUGCUGCAAACACAAACAUCAAAUCAUUGCCUUGUGUUAUCACAGGUUAUCCUGUGCUGCGUAACAAACUGGAGUUCAAACAGUCGGGGAAAGCUGCCAACAAAGAUGACUGGAAUAAAUUCCUCAUGGCUACAAAGAUGUCCCACAGCCCAGACUGUCAAGACGUACUGAAGUUUGUUGGUCAAUGGUGUGGUGCAGCACCCAAUCCCAGCUACACAUUCCAAUGAUCAAGUGGAAGUAUGGACUGAUCAAGUGUCACUAUGGACUGGUCAGGAGGCAAUGUGGACCGGUCAAGUGGCAGUUAUUGACUUGUCAAGAUUUUAUAAAGUUGAGAGAAUGCUGAGAAGAGGGAUAGACUGUUUAAAGCCAUUGGACCCUUUCGGUACAGAAAACAAAACAAAAGUUCACAGAUUUACAAAUAAUUUACAGGGUU